AUGGAUCUUUUUCAGUCAUUUUCCACUUACACUGCUCCACCUUCAUCGUCUGAUUUGGAUCAACGCCCUGACAAGACAUUUGUUGUCAAAAGCCAAGUCGAGUUCCUUACUCUUGCCGCUCACUUACAGGUACCAAUCAUCAGUGCGCAAACCAAUGUCUUCACUGGUAUAAACAAGGUGCACGUUGGUGAGGUGGCUUCUUUUACCGCAUUGUCAUCCACAGAGGCACUCAGCUUUAGUAAAGACGGAGAUAUUCUCAAUCCAACUCUCGGAGCAAAAAGAUGGUUCGACGAGAAUAAAGCCAAGAAUAAAUUUCACCAUUACGUCACGAAAAAGAUCAAACCAUCUCAACAAUUAGGCUACACAGAUGAUUCUCAGCAACUCUCAGCUGCGAUCAAUGAACUAAGAGUCCUGUCGAAUAAGAGAAUCCGAGAUUGCGACUCUAUUGUAUCCUUGCUGGCUAUAUCAUGGAGCGAAGAUCUCAGCCUUGGUCGGGUUUGGCCCCAGGUCCUGCUUGAGACUGCUGAUCAGGGGAACUUGAAGCAAUACCUAUCUUCAACUGAGAUUAAUUUUCAGUCGAAAAUGGAGAUAACAGUACAAAUUGCAGAUGGACUUGAGUUCCUAUACGCAGAACAAAUCGUCCAUGCUGAUAUAAAGCCGGCAAACAUCCUUAUCUUCUCUCGCAAGGUGAAUGACUUUGCUUCGGAUGAUAUGGCGGUUGACAGCAAGAGACUCCUGCCAGUCACGGCAAAGAUCUGCGAUUUUGGAUAUGCCGUCAUUCUUAAGGACUACGGCUCCCAGGAAAGGUUCCAGGCAAGACUUGGUAGCAAUCCCUGGAUGUCCCCAGAACUAGAUGGAGGAGAACCCAUCGAGUUAUGUUAUCUGCAUAAGUCAGAUGUUUACUCGUUUGGCCUCCUGAUCGCCAGCAUUGUUAUGAACUGCCAUGUGCCAUUUGCCGGUACCGCCCCCGAGAAAAUCCUGGGAUUAAAAACCAGACGCUCAGAGGACCCAGAUUCUGCCGUUAAUAUAUUAAUGGGAAACCUAAAGGGUCAAGUAGUGCUCAGCGAACAUGAGCAGGAUUUUAUUCGCGCACUUCUCAUGGGGGCUUGCGACCCUUCGCCGCAGAACAGAGCAUCCUUCGCAGCUAUACGGAAAUAUUGUUUCCUCGGAUCAAGGCAUGACCUUGAUCCUGGCGGACCAGUGACGCCACUCAGUUUCCUUCGACCUCAGUUAUAUGAGCCUGUCAGAGGGUAUUUCGCCUGCAAACUGGAACUCGACGGCGAUCCUGACUCUAUCUAUGAAAUCGCUGGGGCUUACCUCAAUGCGCAGGUGUUCGAUUGGACGACUGGUCCACCACUGAGUACAAGCAUCCAACCGUGGACAGAUAUGGGCCUCAAGCAUUUAGCUGCUGCUGCUAUGAGAAAAAGUCCAGAAGCCAUAGCUAUUCUACGAAAUGCUUUUGAGGCCUGUGACACUCCAUUACCAGAAGAUGCCCGAGAUGAACUGCUAGCAAUGGUCCAGAAUCAUGUGAGCGAAGUUAUCUGGGAAAGUCAGGCAAAUCUGUUUGAUCACACGCCGGCGCAUCUUCUUGUCUCUGACGAGACCACGUCAAAGACAUGGGCAUCCGGAUUAUCUCAAUGGUACUAUGAGUUCUUGUCAGCAAGACAAAUAGCCUAUGACAUGGCGCCAAAGAGUCACAAAGACGAAUUCGCACUUUACCCUAAUGGGCAUUUGGUCUUUGAUUUCAAGUUACUGACAUCUUAUGAAACUCGCACCUCUCAGAGGCUUAACCAGCGCAACAAGGAAGCGUUCAAGCGGGAGGUGAUUCGACUCCGAUGUGCACACGCAUGCGAUGAACUGUCGAGUUUUACACUGCUGCAAAUUGCCGCCGUUAAGGAUGACCUGGAGUUGGCAAAGGUUCUAGUUACAGAGCUUGGUGUUCCCAUUGAUAGUUACGGAAAUACUCCCGCUUGGACACCAUUGCUGCUGAGCUGCCAUCUUGGUCACUUUGCUAUGGCCAAGUGGUUGAUUGAAAACGGAGCCAGCCCUAGGAUCAAGGGUUAUAUGAUGGCGCAACGAUUCUUCAUUUCAUACAUCGCCUCACCGAAAGGGAUCAAUGUGAAUUUAUUCUUGACGUCGCUUUGUCGGGACUAUUCCGGAGGCCUUGCAGCCCAACUGCUACUCCAAUUCGGCGCAGAUCCUACUAGGAAGGUGUACGGGGGACUAGGGGCCGGAGUGCUUGGAUUUGCUACGUCUAUGGGUCUUGCCGCUCGCGAUCUCAGGGUUGAUCUACUCCGCAAGGUGUUGGCUGCGGCGGAAAGCCUGGUACUCCAUAGCGUUGGACCAUACGCAAAACGACGACUUGUUGAUGCCAAAGCUCAGGCUUUUGAAGCUCUGAUGAUUCGGACACCCUUACACUACAUGUGUGUCGGAGGGAAAGGGUAUAGGGAAAGUAUUGAAAACAUUAUCUUACUACUGGCGGACGAACAAGUAGCCUCCAGAUGGGCGACCUUCCUCAGUACAAGCAGUCAAAUGCCUAUGUCCAUGUAUCCAGUGGACCCGCUUCUACGCUUAUCAACCACCUGCGUUGGGUCCGGCCUGUUCACGAAGCCAAUUCUCAAAGCCCACCCCCAGGUCAUAGUCGAGGAUCCGUCACUCACCUUGCCGUGGACCUUCCUUCAUCUAGCCAUUGAGAGGCAAAGUCGUGAAUCUAUAAGCGCUCUUAUCGAGCAUGGAGCAUACGUUCUCACCGAGGGACAAUUUGGGCGUAAUGCUCUUCAUGUAGCGGCGCAGUACUUCCCGGAGAUCCUCCCUGACUUCAUCGCAAUUGUUGAAAACUUAGCGCCAGAUGAGCGUCAAGGGAAGAGUAUUACCGAGAUACUAGAGGAUGAGGACGAGCGUGGAGUUACUACUUUCGAUAUACUCCUCAUCAUGGGAUACGAUGCAGAACGCCAACUCGCAGAAUCUAUUCGUCAGAAAUACAGUCUGCAGCACGAACACAAGAUACAUGAUGCCACAAUACAUGAGCCAGGCGAAUGGGUGACCUUCGGAUCAUAUAUGGUUGAACAGGCUGCUGGCACCGGUCGCAUCAUGAUGGAACAUAUCGAGUACCUGUUCAGUCUAAACCCACUCCCAGACUUUAUUGCCGAUAAUUCGGGCAACAAUUUGUUCAUUUGA